UAGGACUUAGCUCGCCAGCCAUCAAUAAAACAUCUUUACAUUGAUCAAGCCUAACACGCAUUGAAUCUACUAUUAAGAAACGUGACGCUUCGACACCGCUCAGUAUCACGCCCUACGCAACCUGCCAACAAUAAACCUUGCACGGCUUAGUUUAUCCACAGUUGGAAACCCAACCAUCACAUCACAUCACAUCACAGGACUCAUCCUGACACCACUCGCAUCGCGCUUCACAAGCGAUACACAAAGCUGCAUCGUGCGACCGGACAACACCCGACAGUCCGCGCAGGGUCACAACUCCUUCGGCAAGGGCCCAGCAUCACCAUGGCUUCCAACAACAGGGAUCCCUUUCUUGGGUCUGCCGGAGUCGGUGACUCUCCCUUCGAGCGGCAUGCCAGGCGUAUCGGCAAUAUGGUCGUAGAUUUGAUGGACUAUAGCGGCCGAAUCGGAGAAGACAGAGCCCAUGCGCGUUCCGGUCCCAUCAUCGCUGAACUCGAAGCCCGUCUCAAUGCCUCAGAGGCUGGUGCUGCUUGGGCUAGGGCUGACGUUUCUCAGGCCAAGACCGAUGCUGAUGUUCGUAUCGCUCAAUACACCUCUGACCUUGAAACUCGCAAUGCGCAAAUGGUUAAGACGGUUGCAGAGACCGUUGAAAGGCUGAAGAGAGAUGCGGCCGCUCGAGUCGCCGCGGCUGAGACUCAUGCUCAGGAUUGCAUUAAUGAAACCAGGUACGAAACUGAUUCUCAGAUCCGACAGUUGUCUCGGGACCUUGAUCGUCACGUUGACAUGCUUGGCCUUGCCAGAAAGCAUACCGGAUGGGUGGCACACAAACUGCUUCGUCUUCUAAUUGAGUUGAAGGAAAAGAAGCGCUUCCCCAACAAUGAACUUCUAGUGCAUUGUCUGAACGAAAUGUUUGAGGAGCUCGCUGAGUUCAGAAACGAUUGCGAUGUCUUUCUCGUCAACGGCCUCGUAGACGAUGGUGGCGCUCUACCCAACAGAACCUAUCACAACUCCUCUGGGGUUACCUCACCUGGCAACACUGGAGAGCAAGCCACCCAAACCCAGACCUCAUCCUCUCCCUAUGUCGCAAACGCUACCAAUAAGCAUGCCAAUCGUGAGGAAAGCUCUCUUUUCAUGGAUGAGCAACGAAGUGAUCGGAGCGAUCGGAGCUACUCCAUCAAAUCUGAGGACGGUGACAUGAACCAGCAACUCGGAGCGUCUACCAGCGGACUUGGACAGCUCGAGCAGGGUCACACCGAUGUGUCUCCACCUACCAAGCGAGCCAGCGACUGUGAAGGCCAGGCUGGACACGGCGGCAAGGUCAGCGAACAGAGUAGCGGCGGCGACGGCCGGGCAGAACACACCCUAUAUAAUCCUCGCACUGUUGAUGGGGUACUGAUUUGGGAGAUCGGGUCACUGGACUCAAAAUCGGAGAAGCGGUAG